AUGACCUCCGUCGUAGGCACCCAACCGUCCGUCACUGACACCAGCUCGGCGACGCCGACUAGUGUGGGCUCGGAUCCAAACUUCACCUUCGGAACCAUGCCCUACACGAUGGACACCUGCGGGUCAACCACCGUUGGUUGGGACUACAUCGGCGCCGACUGCAACAUCACUCUCCUGAUCUCCACCGUCGUGACCAACCUUGGCGACGUUAGCAGUCCAAUCUUAGAUUUGGUUAUCGGGCAGGAUGUCGAUGCGGCUUCGGAGUCGUUCUUGUGGUCGUCGGUCAAUCUUACGGCGGGGAUUUACGUUUUGUGGGCGAUGGGUCCAAACAUCGCAGCUGAGUCCACCAUAUUCACGAUCGUUAACGGCACCAACACCUCCUGCCUCUCUGGAGUCCCCGCCCAUUCGCCGGCGUCCACCGCGAAACCAGUCCCGGAUGGCAAUGGGACGAAUGGUACUACAACUCAAACAUCAUCGAUACUAUCUGAGAAGACAGCGGUUCCACAGCCUUCCCCUUCUACCACACGCCACUCUCAGGCUCGUUCAGGUAUCAUUGCCGGCGGCAUCGUUGGAGGUCUCGGCGUGCUGGCAGCUGCCAUUGUCGCUUUCGUCUACCUUCGGAGGCGACGUGCGCAUACACACGGGACGGUGGGGGAACAAGAGAGGGAGAAGGUUCCAGGCGCCCUUGUGCAGGACGACUCCGAGAAGCACUCUUCCCCCCUGGGGCAUCAGAGGUCCAUCACUCCCCUCAGCGAGCCACCUCGCCUGGAGCCCAAUCGUGGACAGCCCUUUGUUGCAUUGCGUCCGGCAGCCCUUCAGUCCCCCGAAGUUCAGAUUAUCUCCGACGUAAAAGGCGGAACCCUCAGACGCGAGCCUUCUAUCACAUCUCCUACUCCCCCGACGAGCUCGAAUUUGCAUCCUGCUGUGGAUCCCAACGGGGACGCCCAGAGUGUGUCGACUCGCACGUACAGCUACAAGACCAGUGAUUCAGACUCCUCAGGCGUCGGCCUCCUGGAUUCGCUCGUCCCCUCCUCCGCGACCUCACAAAUGUACCGCGGGUGGGACAGCGACGUCGGGAGCGCCCGGGGACGCUGGAGCUCCCUUCAUGGCGAUCGAUAUUCGAGGUAUUUGGACGGGUCGGUUUCGGCGUACUCCCUCGAGGACCUUGCGACGCUCCCUCCCCUCGAGGUUGCGGACAGAGCCACGUUUCCGGAUGGAUGUUGA